AUGAAGCUCGCCGUCUACAGCACCAAGCCCUACGACAGGCACUACCUGGAUGCCGCCCUCAAGGCCCACCAGAGCACCACCAAACCCUCCACCAACGGCCUCAUCCUCAACCUCAACCCCGACAUCGAGAUUGUCUACCACGAGUUCGCCCUCAACGAAGGCAGCGUCUCCCUCAUCACCGACAAUGCCGACGCCGUCUGCGUCUUCGUCAACGACACCCUGAGCGCCCCCGUCAUCGACGCCCUCGCCGACAAGGGCGUCAAGGCCAUCCUGCUGCGCUGCGCCGGCUUCAACAAUGUCGACCUCGACUCGGCCCGCGGCCACGGCAUCAUGGUCGCCAACGUGCCCUCCUACUCCCCCGAGGCCGUCGCCGAGUUCGCCGUGGCCCUGAUCCAGACCCUCAACCGCAACACCCAUCGCGCCUACAACCGCGUCCGCGAGGGCAACUUCGCCCUCAACGGCCUGCUCGGCCGCACCCUCCACGGCAAGACCGUCGGCGUCCUCGGCGUCGGCAAGAUCGGCCUCGCCACCGCCCGCAUCAUGAAGGGCUUCGGCUGCAACGUCCUCGCCUACGACCCCUUCCCCACCCCGGCCUUCGAGGAGUACGGCGAGUACCGCGACCUCGACGGCCUGCUCGCCGAGUGCGACGUCAUCAGCCUGCACUGCCCGCUCAUGGAGAAGACGCGCCACAUCAUCAACGAGGAGACCAUCGCCAAGAUGAAGAAGGGCGUCCUCCUCAUCAACACGUCGCGGGGCGGCCUUGUCGACACGGGCGCCGUCAUCCAGGGCCUCAAGAGCAAGCAGAUUGGCGGCGUCGCCCUGGACGUGUACGAGGGUGAGGGCUCCCUCUUCUACGACGACCACUCGGGCGACAUCAUCGACGACGACAUCCUCAUGCGGCUCAUGACCUUCCCCAACGUCCUCGUCAGCGGCCACCAGGCCUUCUUCACCGAGGAGGCCCUCCUCGAGAUCGCCACCUCCUCCGUGCGGAACCUGCACGAGUGGGUUGUACGCGGGACGUGCCACAACUCCCUGACCAAGGACUCCCCCACCGAGUCCGGCCUCACAAGCCCCGUCCGGGCCAUUUAG